AUGGCUUUCACAAAGGAUUCACAUAUAAUUGUUGUUGGUGCCGGUGUCUUUGGACUAUCCUCGGCCUAUAAUUUGGUACAGAAUGGUUACAAGAAUAUCGAUAUAUUUGAUCGUACAGAUUACGAAAAGACAAAAUAUUCUCCAUUUCAAGGAUCGGAUGCCGCUAGUGCUGAUAUAAACAAAUUAUUCAGGAUCUAUUAUGAGACUAAGACUCUUUAUUCCAAAUUAGCAAUUGAUGCUCUCGAUAUUUGGGAUAAAUGGAAUGAAGAAAUCCAAACGCUUUCUUCUGAAGAGAAAUCUCGUUUCAUUGACGAUGACUUGGAGCUCAUAAGGUUAACUGGUGGAUUACGUGUUGGGAAUCUGCAAGAGCCCUCACUGGUAGAGGUUGACAAUUUAAAAGGAUUUGAAGAAUUGGGGCUUAGAGACACCCAGUUUGACUUAAGUUCAGAGAAAGAUCUUUUAAGAGCAAAACUUCUUGGGUGGGACAAAAAAUUGGACAUAAUUAGAGACCUCAAAGCACGGAAUAAAGUCACGACUGUCUCAGGAACCCUAGAUGGAAUUACAAGGAUCUUGAAAGCUGACAAAGCCCUCUUCUACGUAAAAAUCUUACUAGAAAAGGCAGGCGUUAUUUUUCAUUAUGGAGAUGAAGGGACGUUCAGCGAACUCAUAUAUGAUGACAGAAAUAAAUCUGUAGUCAGAGGCAUUAGAACUGCAAAUGGUUCCACUCAUUCUGCUGAUGUGGUAAUAGUGAGCAGUGGACCAUGGACCACCUCCUUGGUACCUCAAUUACAACAUCGUACGCAGGCUUCUCUUGCUAAUAUCGUCUAUCUUGAAAUCCCCAAGUCAAGGCAAGAUUUGAUUGACAAGUAUUCUGAGUAUCCGCAAUUACAGUGGAAAACCACUAGUAGUGAGAGCGAUUUUGAUCCAGAUGGCGGAUUUGCGUUCUUCCCUCCCAGCAAAUCCGAAGGCAUAUUAAAAUUAAAUGGCAGACACCUUAAAUACUUGAAUCCUGUCAAAAUUGGAGACUCUUACAUCUCUGUACCUAAAACUUUAGGAGAUGAAAAGUUACCGAAAUUUGUUUUACAGGAAGCAAAGGAAGUGUUUCUUGCACUUACACCAGAAGCAGCUGCAAUAGAAGGAGUCAAAUUGAAGUCUAAGCUAUUCUGGUAUACUGAUUCUAUUAAUAGUGAUUUCGUUAUUGAUUUUGUUCCUAAUUUCGAUAAUCUUCUAGUGGCCACCGGUGGUUCAUCGCAUGGAUUCAAAUUCUUUCCAGUGUUAGGUCGUACAGUUGUCGAUAGACUUCAAGCCGCUGAAAAUGACUAUACUGAAUUAUUCAAGUGGAAGAACCCAGAAGAUAUUAAAGUUGACACCUUUGGAUUAAAAGAGGAACAUAUCGAGAAUAAUGAAAGACUCAAUUUAAAGAAUGCAGUUUUACUAGAUGAUUCAGAUCUUGAGUUUUCCAAAGAGGACUUAAGUAGGAUAGCAUCGAUUAAGUUGGUUUAG